ACACUCUUAAUGAUAUUCAUAGCCUUCCUUUGUUCACUACCAAAGUCUGUGUACUUUGCACUGCACUAAUAAUCAAAGAUCGAAGAGAGAGAAACUCCACAAAAUGUCUGAGAAGGAGUCUGUUGAGUUAUUAGCUGGUCACCCACCCGCUGUGAAGGCAGGAGGUAAACGAGUGGUCACCAAGCACAAACCUCACGACAAACCAGACGAUGAUGCUUAUGAUCAGAAAUACAUCGACCAAUUGCCAGAACAACUCAAUGUUGUGGUUGCUCCAGUUAUGGUGCCUGUUGGAAAGGCUGGUAUUGAUCAUGUAGAGCCGACUGUGAGCAGUCCCCACAACAAGCCAGUACCUAAAGUGCAGAAAGGACACUCUCCUUCCAAGGCCCGCCAAAUCAAUCAACCUCGCUAAGCUAAUUGACUUUUGAAAUCAUGAAUGAACUUUUUGUAGACAAUCCAUAAAUUGUAAUUAAUUUGCUGAGAUUAUUAAGUACACGCCUAUAAUUAUUAGCAUAAUUAUUAUUAUCUAUUGUGAUAACAGUGAUUGGCGUGACCAUUAUGCUACAAAGUGCAA